CGGAUGAGCUGCACACCAUCGAGGAGCGCGGCGGGACGGGAUCGGAGGGCGGCCCGGAUUGUACGGAGCGCGAGGCAGAUUGAAGUUCUUACCCCGGUUCUCAGGGUAGAGAGACAGAGGCGUGCCGGAAAGCUCACCCAACACCCGACAUGGCAACUGCGAGCACCUCAGGGCAGAGCCCCUUCGGACUGGGCAGGAGGAGAAGGAGCCCAGGUCUGUUGGACCAAAUUGGCAGGUUCUUUGGAGGAGACAAAAGGAGGAAGGGAAAGGGGUCUUUCCGGGCCCACCUGUCCGCCUCCCCACAGAGGCCCCUGCAUGCCUCCACUCGCCGACGUGGAGAUGACAAUGCCGUGGUGCACUUCUUCAAAAGCAUUGUCUCCCCCCCUCGUCCUAAAUCCAGGUGGAGGGGACUGUCUGCCAAAUUAGGCUGGGGGGACCGCAGGUCCUCGCCGGCUCGCUUCUACGAGGUCGCGAAGUCUCCCCAAAAAGGGCGCCGGGGAGAGGGCCAGGGAACGCUCUCCAAAAUCUUCAAACUGGGGGGGCGCCGAUCUCGUUCACCUUCCAAACGCUGAAAUCCCUCCUUCUGAUCCCUUCUCAACCAAAACAGAGGUUGAUACGAAUGAAGAGGAACGAAAUGAAGAAGAAAAAGAACAAAAUAAAUCUACUUGAGAGACUCACACCUUGGCCUGGUAAUAAUGCACUAAAACCAACUUGCCUUGUCACAUAGAUAGACAGCAAUAUUUGUAAUGUUUUUCCUGGUAUAAAAUUUACCUGCAGCCAUUGUCUCUGAGAACCGGUGGUGGAAGUCUUAGAAGGUCUCCUCAGAAGCUCAGCUUUGAGAGAUUUUUCUUUCCAUUUUUCCCUCUUGUGGCUGUGACGUGUCGAAUGCUAAGAAUCGUUCUUGUCCUGUGGCGUCUUCCUUAUUCUUCUACUUGCAAGUAUUUCCAGCGUAACACAUUCUGGCUCGUUUCUCGAAGACCCAUCCAUGUGUAACUUGUCCAUUCGUCAAAAAAAGGAGUCUUCUUUUGUGAAAAGCGAACUUCUGCUUAACAAUAAUGUCAGCAAAGGUACAGUAUCUUGCCCGGGGUGUGUUAUGAUUUUAGAGUAGGGUGUUGGGCCUGUGAAACUUAAAAUUGGGCAUCCACAACAGCUGUAAACUCAAUUCGAUUUUUCAGCAAACAAUGUAGCAGUAUUAUUGCAAGUAAUGUAUUGACAUGUUUAUCCAUUUAAAUCUAAUUCAUUAACUGUUAUUAUUUGUGGUGUUGUUUUUAAUGAAGCAGAGAAACUCGAAGCCCUUCUGAAAUGCACUGUUUUUUACUGUUGAAAUGUUGAAUUGCCAAAACAGCCAUAUUUGUCAGGAGCGUUGUAGCUUGACAACUGAUUGAUCAGUCCUUUAUAGCUUUUUAUUCCCAUGUGAUCCUUGUUUACACUUGCUUCCUAUUUACAACUUUUAAAAAAAAGAUUUUUUUUGAAACAAUAAGACUUGCCAAAACAUUGUGCUAUGACCAUACAGUUUUUAUACACCUGCUUUGUGUUUCCUUAACUAUUUCAAACCAAAAUGUUUUUUGUAGCUGCUUUUGUAUCUAAAAAUGUGUUAAAUGAUAGAUUGCGAUUCAGGGAAAAAGGGUUAGUGGAAAGUUGUUGAGAGUCAUGAGGAAAUGGGCCAAAAGAAGGAUGAGAUACAUGUUUUGCCGCACUGUGAUUGCAGUUUGUUUCUCCAGAAAGUUCUACAGUGCUGUAUGAUUGAAACGAGCUUGAGCAACAUGCCGUGUACCCAACCCCUUCAUCACGUGUGUGUAUGAUUCCCUUGCAUGAAUGUAAAUUAAAGACCCUGAUUAUCAAUA